AACGAGAUGAUCGUUGUGGUCCUUUUCAACCCAGGCCAUUCUAUGAUUCAUUCUAUGAUUCUAUGAGGUUGGUGAGAACUGAUGAGGGUCAGAUCAAAGUGGGUCCAGGAGGAUGAGCUGUGGAGCUCCUGCUCCAACAGGAGGCAGUGGAUCUGGAAAGUGAGGUUCUGGCUCACUUUGGCCAGGCUGGAAGGACGUCGUGCACGGCAGGCAGUCGAGGACAAUCGUUGCGGCCAUGCCCAGCUCUGCAGCCUCGCUGCUCAAAAGCCACGGGGUGGCAGCAGGGCUUUGUGGAGCAGCGCUGGGGCCUGGGGACGGGGAACAAAGUUGCUGGAGUGGCAGGAGACACGGAGCACAACUCCGUAUUCCAUUUGCCCAAGGAUGUUGUGGAUGCCCCAUCCCUGCAGGCAUUCAGAGCCAGGCUGGAUGUGGCUCUGGGCAGCCUGGUCUAGUAGUUGGCGACCCUGCACACAGCAGGGGGUUGCAAUUGGAUGAGCAUUGUGAUUCUUUUCAACCGAGAACAUUCUAUGAUUCUGUGAUUCUAUGAUUCUAUGGUCUCUCUUGUCAGCUCCUUGGGGACUGUGCUGCAGGCUGUCCCCACCUUCCCAGUCUUCAGAGGUGGGGGGGCUCCUCCAAAGCUCAUUAGCUAUCACGUCCCCUGGUGUAGGGCUGACAAAAGGGCUCUGUGCAGGGCCCUGCGCAGUGCGAGGUGCUCAGCCAGGACCUGGGGGUGGGUCUGUGGGCUUGGAGGAGGCUCCAGUAACUCACUGACCACUAGGGACUGGGAGCUUCGCUUAGAAAAUUGUGCCCAUAGAGCAGCAAAUGCUGUCAUUGUGCCUCCCAGGUAAGAUGGCUGGGGGUUGUAAACCCCAUAGGCACCUCAUGUCUCGCAGGCUGCAGCCCCCGGAUGAUGCAGAGCACAGGCUGGUGGGAGUGAGGUGCAGGUGGAAUAGAGCCAGCACAGUGCAGCAGGCUGCUGGGCACCGGUGGUCUUUCAAGAAAGAUCUGCACCUACUCUGCCUGCAGCAGACCGCAGCGCUUCCAGAAACGUAGUGCCUCAAAUUGGGCUGACUCUGUGCCUCUGCACAUCACCCCCACCGCGCGCACCGCAUCUCCCAGCCCACGCCGCCGGGUGACUCAUUGCUCCCAGGCUGCUCAAGCUGAGCAUUGGACUCUGUAAAUCUCCCCAAAAUGAGCAUUUCGGUGAGACUCCAUCCCUGGAGCCUCUGCGGCUUUGUAGCAGGAAAAGCAAAUGGAUGCAAAGCUUUAUUUGCUGAGAAAAGUAGGGCAGGGAGCUCUCACAUUGAAGAAAUCGGAGGAAAAAUGUGCAGCAACAGCCUGGGCUGUAAGCUUCCAGAGGGCAGGGAAUGUGGAUCUGAAUCAGUUCAAGACAGCUCCUCCCCCUGCAGCAAAUGACGCCAAAAUAUCUCAGGCUGCGGGGCUGCAUCGCUCUGCCUGGGCACCGCGUGGGAGCUGCAGGAGGGCGGCAGGGCCGGCAGCAGCAGGGCAGGAAGCACGAGCGAGCGAAUUUCUUCGUGCGGGUUUUGAGAACCGAUACCCGGCUGUCCCUCCGGGCUAGAAAAGCAACUUUCCAAAACCGCAGAGCACACGGUGUGUCUACGUGAGGCAGCUGCUGGCUGAGCUGGGAAAUGCCCAGCCUCACUGUCCCCAAGGGGCCCCUCUGCUCGCUCCAUGUGCAGGGCUUCACAUGAGGCACAGGGACCCCCGGACAAAUGUGGCUCCUUUGUCAGGGCCGUGUGUCUUGGGUGAGCUGGGCCCUGGUGAGCACCUGCAUGUGAGUGCAGAAGUGCUGGGGGCACCUCUGCAGGGCUGUGGGGCUGUGGGCACUGCAAAGUGGGAGUGCCCACCUCUGCCCCCGGUUUUGCUCCUGCAGCCUUUCUGGUUGUCACUCUGUGCUCAUGUCAAGGCCAGGCAACAGAGAUGCUGUGCAGGGCCCUCUGGGGAGGGUCAGUCCCACGUUGCACCAACCUCCCAUCACCUGGUGCCUCUGGACUUUAUGAACUCAGGCAUCCAUGGGAUGCUGGGGUUUGACUGCUUCCAGGUUAAUGACUGGGGGGCCAGGACCCUUGAUGGUGGGUGCUAAAAAGAAACAAAAUAAGCCCUAAAUUGAAGCGGGGUGGUAGAACCAAAGAGGAUGACCUAUGCAAUGCCUAUGGGGUAUAAGGAUGGCACAGCCAGGGUGUGAACUGCUAACUGCAGGUUGAGGUCAGGGGGUGCAGCCCCAUCUCACUGUCACCCAGCCUGAGCAGGCAGCUCAGAGGCAGCGAGACAACGGGUGCCUCUGAUGUGGUGGGGAUGGGGGUUCUCACCAGGAGGGGUUGCAGGGGAGGAGGAGGAUUACAGUAACGGUGGCACAAGGGCUCGAUGCACAGUUUCGGAGGUGUGGGCAGAUGUGAAAGAUUUUGAACUGUGGCAGAGCUGAAGCACAGCUUCCAUGUGUGGAGGCCGCAGGGCCUCCUGUGCACCAGUGAUGGAGGCGGCGGGUGAGGUGCAAUGCAAGAGCUCUGAUCUGAUCUGCAGGAGCUCUGAUCUGUGUUUGUGACCCUGGCAUUUGCUCCUCACCAAGUGUGGAGGGAAGGAGGAGACCUUGUGGAGAAGGAGCUGGAUGGAGGGUCAUCAGUUGCUGGGGAAGACCUGCAAAGAGCUCAGAAAAAGGGGCUGCCACCUUGGUGCUGUCACUGCUUGCUUGCAUGCGUGGUGCUGUCUGCAAAGCAGCCAUCAGUCGCUUUCUUGUUGCUUGAACCUGUUAGUGUACCAGCAGUGCUGGGGUGGCUGGGAACAGCAGGAGCUGGCAGAGGGUCCCAAACCUCCCCUGGGCAGGAGACCUUCCACCUCCCCACUGCGCUUCCUGAGGGUACUCAGCCAAGCGAUGCUGCAGAGCCGGAGUCACAGGGGUGUGGCAGCCUGACAGUGUCUGUCCCAUCCCCAGCAUUCCUGGGCUCCCUGCGUCCUGGCCCUGCAGCUGGUCCUGAUGCUCACCAGGUGGUCCUGAUGCUCACCAGGGUGUGCUUGAGUCGUGGUGUUCUGUGUGUCUGAGCCUGUGUGGUCCCAGAUCCCACCGGCCGGACAAAGGUCCCUAUGUGCCCCUUAUCCACCCAGCCCCAGGUGUUCUCCAUCUCAGCCACCUGCACUGCUCUAAAUGUCUGCCUGGAACAUGAAAACGAUCCCAGCUGGGCUGACGGCUCUGAGGCCUCCAUCCCCACGCUGCAUGCUAAGAUGCCUGACUCCUGCUCAGGCCCUCAGGGACACGGCCGCUGUCCCCAGGGUGUCUGGGAUAGAGAUGGGAAGGGGGAGGACCAGCAUUGCCCACAGCAGCGGGGCUGUGGGUUGCACAGGGCCCGGCCCACCGCCCCUUCCCCCACCUGCGAGCUGGUUCCAGCAGGUGGCAUGGAAAAUGUCGGAGCGCUCCGUGCCCCACCAGCACCAUGCAACGGCCCACAUCCGUCAUUGGCGCAGACGGGCCGCGAUUUGUCUAUAUAUGGCAAAGCAAGGCGCCGCGUUCUCCCCACGGCCCUGCGCCCGCCCCGUCGCGUCACUUCGGCUUUUUGAGGUUUCCCUUCACGCUCUCUUUUGCCUUCCGCUCGCGGCCCGUUUCACCCGGCAGUUUCUGGUUGACUCACCCCCAACGGCCGCGCUCCCAGUGCGGCGCUGGGCCUGGGGUCGGGUGCUGCUCUGGCACUGCGGGCAGCCCAUCACACCAGGUGUGAGCACAGCCCUGGGCACAGCCGCCGUGUGUCCCUUGGUGCCACUUGAAGGAUGGGGGCUCAGCCCCCCCGGGUCCUAUCCCCUGCCUCAAAUCGUGGGCAGAGAGCAGAGCGCAGGUGGCACUGAGCCUGCCGGGCAGAGCUGGGGAUCCCAACCCAUCUCAGUGUGUCCCGGUCUGUCUUGGCUCUCUCCUCUGGGCUCAGAGGUGCUGCAGUUCUGCCUUGUGCCUUCACAACAGUCCUCCUGGCCAGCAGGAGGGCUGCAGCCACUACUCUGCUCACCCAGCACAUUCCCAAAAGCCAGUUUUGGCCUCCGUGAUGCAGUGCAGCCAGGCCUAUGAGCACCCGUGGGCUCAGGGAGCACAGGUGACUCCAUCCACUGGUGACAUUUGAGGCUGCUCUGACGGGGACGCUGGUGGCUCGUGUUGGGAAUGCGGUCAUUAGGCUUCAGAGUGAGCAGCGGCACAAGGAAGGUUCCAUCUGUGGCUGGCAGGCACUGCUGGGUGGAGCAGGAGAUGAUCCCAGAGAUCUGUGCCAUUGAGGCUGAGGAGACAGCGGCACGCAGACCCCUUUCCCACUCCCCAGGACAGCAGCAGGGGGUCAGGCAGCCUGUGGUUGAGAGCACUCUUUCUUCUUCCUCCUCCUCCCCUGACACAGCCCCGUGAAGCACAGCACAGGCCCAAAGGCAGCCGGCCCUGCCGCCACUUCCCCUGCGUGCAGCAAGCGCCCUGACCACAGCCGAGGAGGGGAAGUUGCUGCAAGGAGAGAUAAGAAAUAUCAGCUCUUUCGCAGCUCCUGAGCUGCACUGCUCGACAAGGGCCCUUCUCUCUGCCUAAGGGCCUGGGUCAGCCGUGCUGCCGCCCCCAGAGCCCCAGCACCCGCUGCCCUGUGCUCACUGAUACUGGGAAAGUUACUGGAAAAGCAACAGCAGCGGGGAGUGGGGCCAGGGCCGGCAGCUCCACGCACCAUCAGCACUGAGAAGGGAGCAGAAAGGGCAGUGCAGGGGGAUGCUGCAGGUGGCAGAGCCACAGCUGAGUGCCCUGAGAUGAUGGCAGAGAUGGGGCCAAUGCCAGGUCCUGCUCUCCUGCAGGGCUCGGUGUGGGCCAGGGGCUGCCCCAGCACCACGGGGGCUCCGCUGGUUCCCGCACACCCAUGGGUGCAGAGUGAGGCUGGGAGCGCUGGGGGCUGGGUGCUCCCACGAGACCCCCCAGAGAGGAAACGCAGCUGCUUCACCUCCCCCAACCAAACCCCAAACGUCUCUGUGAUCUCAGCAGCUAUUUUGGCUGUGUGUGGGGAGCACGGAGGAAAGGGGGGUAAGUUAGAAACUUGUUUGCCACUUGGCAAAGUUAACCAAUGGCCGGGGGAUGCAGUGAGUUCAUCAUCAGUCGGAGACUUUCAGACCUCCUCAGCCCAUGAAACCAGAUCUGCUGAUUUCCUUCUUUUUGAGAAACAGGAGGCGGCGGGGGGCUCUGCCGGAGGAGGAACCCAGCCUGGGACACCCGAAAUGCCGUGUCCCCUGGCCACGCUCUGCCGCGCAGCCGGGAAAGAGGAAGCGUCACCUCCCCCACUUCUCUGCCGGGAAGGCAGCCGGGUCUGCGUUGCGGGGAACGGCCCCCGGGCACCUGGCUCUGUGUGGGGCACAGCGUUGUGUCCUGCUGUGCUCUACGGCCGCGGCACCCCCAGCCCCCGUCCCGGCCACGUGCUUCACCCUCCCCUUGGCUUACUGCUCCACCGCCGGCUCUCCUUCAGGAACAAGCCCCGCCUCGCCUGGCAGCCCUAUUAGCAUUAAAUUGAGCUUUUCUCCAAUAAAUGAUCUCCAAGAGCCCUAGUACCUGUCACCGGCCACCCAGACGCAGCUCCAGCAGGGCUGUGCUGCCCUCAGAGCAGGGUGUGCUGCGAGCAGCAUGGCCUUGGCCCUACGGUUUGGGGAAAGUCCCUCGGCAGCAACGCGGCUCCUUCACUUUGCUUCAGGAUGUGGGGGGCUGCCACUGGCUCCCCCAUUGCACACGGUGGCUUUGUCAUCCUACAACCCACAGCACCUCGACAGCCAGCAGCACAGCAGGCCUUGCCGCCUCGGGGGUGCUGUCUGGUGUGGGGGUGUCUCCGGCUCAGGAAGAACCCGCUCACACCUCACCUCCAGUCAGAGCACUGUCACACUUUUUGGGUGUCCCCAGAAGUGGUUGCAUUGCAGGUUGGACAGGCUCCCAGAGGCAGCCAGGCAAUGGGAGCUGAUGCUGCGGGAGCAGAGCAGCCCCAGUUCGGGAGGAGCCCCACAGCAAACUGCCUCUGUGCCCAAAGCCCCUCUGCCUGCUGUAAGCCCCACACCUGCUGUUGGAGCAAGCCAAAUCUCAGUGGCUGCUCGGCUGAUUUUGACUUUGCUAUUUCUUUGCUUUCUGUAAACCUCACAGUGUGAUUUCUUUUUAAUAUUUCCUCCCAGAUUAUCAAUGUAGAGAAUGAAUGGUAUUCCCCAAAAAUGAAUGUGUAGCACAACUGCGUGAAACCCAUCCCACUGACUAAGGCAUCCCCAUUCACAGCCAUUUUUGGGGAUUUAGCUCGUCAUUUUUCAUCUGGUUUAAGGCACAACUUCAUGCAACACUGCUGACCUUCCCUGGCUCCAUGCUGCAUUUCUCAGAGACAGCAGGAGAGCAAAGCUGGGGGCUCACCCCUGUGCAGACCCACAGCUCUUUGCUCUUGCGUGAGGCUGCGAAACUGCACACCGCUCAGAGAUGGCAUCUGUGCCAUGGGUCCUUGGCUAGAAAACUGGUGCCAGAGUUCACCUCAGGCCCAGUGCUGGUAUUAUGGGGUGCCGAUGGCCACCCCUCAUGGCUCCAGCCCCCGAGUGGCAGUGCAAGAGGGAUGCGCCCGCCCUGCAGAUCUGGCUUUCAUUUUCUUUUCGGGGGCCUCGUGUUCCUGUUGGCCGUUAUGGCUUCCUCAGCUGUGGGGAAGUCUGGUGUUGCAGAGCACUGUGUAAGGGAAAGACUCAGGAAGGUUUCUUGGGCAACACAUUUCCUAAAGAGCAGGGCUAGGGCUCACAGCUCACUGGCACCCGUGUCCCCUCCUGCUGCACUCCUGCCAUGGGGCUCGGGGACCCCAAACCCUCAUCCAACACUGCCAUCCCCUCCCUAAGCUCUGCGCUGAGGAACACCUGCUGCAGGGCUGGGAUGAUGGAACACAGCAGAGACGGCGGGGCCAACCCCACACUCUGCAUUGAGCGCCUGGGUCUUGGGGGUUAGAGGGGGGGCACAGCUGCUGUCAUUCUGCCCUGUGCAAACAGUGCAAACAGUGCAAACAGUGCAAACAGUGCAAAUAGCUUUUUUUUUUUUUCGCACAAACAUGUUUGUUGCUCAGUGCAGCGAGGCCCAGGGGAGCGUAACCGGCUGCUCUGCAACGGCCCCCAGUGCUUCCGGCGCUGACGGGCGGCUGCCCCUCGCCCCACGGCUGCGGUCGGGCUGCAGGGUGGUGCUGGGUGGGACCACGCACCGUUAUCUCCUCAGCAGCUACGGCUCUUCCUGUGGUCGGGGCCACGUGGGCAGGAUGGGGUUAAAAGCAGCCUCGCUCCCCGCUGCGGCCCAUUGCUCCUCCGGACACCAGCACCCCAUAGAGCACCUGCAGCAUUGGCACCAGCGUGGGCCACCUGCGCCCCAACUUGGGUGGAGUGGAGAGGAGGCACCGCCGUGGCGGAUGGGUGGGAGGAGGCGGGAAGAGGCCGAAGCAGAAGUGCCACCGAAGGGGAUUUUGGUGGCAGCGGGAUGGGAGGCGUUGGACGCAGAGCUGUGGAGCAGGUGAGGCUGAUGUGGGGCUCCAAAGUGGCAGGGGGGAGGCGGGGAUGAGAUUGGAGCAGGGUGUGGGGCUCCGUGUGGCCACGGGAGCCUCCUGGUGCCACCCAGAACAUGGCUUGAAGGACAGUGGGGACACUGAGGGGGUCAUGUGGGGCUGGAAGAAAGAGGAGAGGUGGACAUUCAUGAGGAGCCCCCAGCCCACGGCACUCCUGUGAUUCUAAGGGGAGGGUAACCUUGAGCGGACAGAGUGUGGGAGCCCCACAGGAUGGGACAAGGAGGUCCUCAGUGACAAGGGUGAGAGCAUGAAAUGGAGACCACGCAGGGACUUUGAUAGGGCAGUCCCUGUAAUGUGGACAGGGUUUGCUGUGAGGUCCCCACCAUGAGGACAAAGCAAAGGAGCCUUCUGUGAUCAUAGUGGCAUUUAGACAGGGUCUCCACCACAGGGACAAGGCAAGGCAAAGGGUACCCAGCCAAAAGGUGGAGUUUUCCAUAGGAUCCUCACCACGCGGACAGCGCAAAAAGUGUUCCGUGACCAGAGAACAUUGAGGUGGCAUCUCUGCAUGUGGAUGCAGCUAGGGGGUUGUGUGUGACUUUGAUGAGCUUUGAGGGACAGUGAGGGAAUUUAGCUGGGAUUUCACCCUUGCGAUCAAGAUUAAGUGGUCCUCUGUGGCUCAAAGGGGUCUUAAAGGCCAGCAAUGAAGUUUGAAGUGGAAUGUACCCAAACAAGGGGUUAAUGGGGCGGGGGGUCCUGGUCUUCCACAUGGAGGUAAGGGAAAGAAGCCCAGGGUGGGGGUCUGAGAGUACAUAAUGAGGUUUGAGUGGGUUCUCUCCGGCAGGAACAAGACAAGAAGGUUUUCUGUGCUAGAAUGGGGUCUGAGGUGGGCUCUGUCCUCUGGGGGCAAGGUGACAACAUCCUCUGUUCUCAGCAAAGAGCUCGAGAGGAAAUGGUGGCCUGCAAAGUAGGCUGUUCCCCCAUAGGGACAAGCAAGGCCAGGCUGCCCCUUGCGCCCAGGAUGGGUCUUAGAGUUAAAAGGCAAGAUCUCCCCAUGGGGGUAAGGCAUGGAUGUCCCCUGUGCCCCACUUGGCUCCUCAGGGUGGGAGGUGAUGCCUGCAGGGGCUGCCCGUCUCUUCGUGCCCCCGGCCAUGCUGCCCGUGAAGACAUCCCUGCGGCUGGGCGCGGGCAGAGGAAAACACAUCGCCAGAGAAGAGCAACCACCGACAUCGACUGAGAGACAGUGCAGUCACCCAUAAAGUAGAAAGCACUACUAAACAGCACUGCAGGGUGUAGUGUUUCCUACUUUAUGGAUGAGUGUACUGUGGGCUACGGAGAAGAGAACGCCAACAGCAGCAACCUCUGUGCCAGCCACCGUCAUGGAGCUGAGGACGGAAUGGCACCAUCCCCACUGCACAGCGGGGAGCAAGGGACCACGAGGCCCUGUCCCCACUGCCUGCUGUAUGGGGUGGGAGUUCUGUGCUGGCCGCUGUGGGAGGGCAGGUAGGUAGCAUGGCCUCUCAUUUGCACUUUUUUCACCCCACCUUCAUGGCAAAUUCGGCAGAGUCCUGCACGAAGCUGGGGUGGUGGCCACAUGUGGAUGGGGGCAGGUGGGGGCUGCUGAGCGGCUUUGCACAGCUGCACAAUGACACAGGGGCUGCUAAAUAAAACUCUUUCAGCAUUCA